AUGAGAAUUAAAGUGCUUUGCGUUUUGAAUUCUGCAUACUAUGUGAAAGCCAUUGUUUCUAUCUUAGCUUUGACAAAGUCCCCUCUGGAUGCAGACUGUGUUUUGGAUUUCACUUCAUACCCUUACCAACCAAGUGGCAACUGCAUUCAUGGAAACGGGAAGGUCAACUUAUGGGGCAGUAUUCCCUCAACUCUUUGCUGUCAAAACGCCCUCAAUACCUUCUCUGAAGUUCUUGCAGUUCGCGCUAAGAAGAUACAAGAGAGUAGCAUCUUCAUUGAACAAGAUUCUUGGAGAAAAUGUGAUUCUCCUUUUUCAAGCCAAGAAUCAGUUUCCAUACAUUCUUGUGGAUUUGAUCAAUUCUACUUUGGCAGUAGCCAGUGCUCAAGCCUAUCUUUAUCACAAAUUCAGCGCAACCCAUUUUACCCACAAGCAGCAGACUUAUGUUCUAACUUAAAUUCGUCAUUUGAGAAUACCUGCAAAAAUUGCACUGAUGCCAUAGCAAUGGUAGUGGAGGAUCUAUUGCAGCUAAUCCAAGGGCAACAAAAUGAUACUGAAAGAACAAUAUGUAAUUUAGCAGUUGUUAUUUCAGUUGCAGCUGCAAAUGUUACUGAUAGCUCUUUUGGUGCAAAUUUGUUUAGCUAUUCAGACUACAUCAAACUGAAAAGGCCCCUGGCAAAUGCACUACUGGCUGUCUUUGUAGUGAUCAUUGUACUAAUUCUGAUCCUUGUCUUGGUAAAAUUUGGGAACUUACGAAAGAGCCAGAGCCACAGAAAACUUCCUAAACCUAUUCCAUCCAAGGACAUCACUACUUGGUCCGGUCUCUACCGGUUCUCCAAGGCUGAGAUUGAGAAUGCUAUAAGUGUCAACUAUAAAAGAAAAAGUUUAGGCAGAGGAAGUGCUGGUGAAGUUUAUCAAGGCGUUCUGCCUAGUGGACAAGUUGUCGCCGUCAAGCAGAUAAAUAAAGGCAACUCCUCUGAUUCUUUUACCAGGGAAGUUGCAGGUCUUUCCAGGAUUCGACAUCCAAACCUUGUUUCUCUGCUUGGUUGCUGUAUUGAAGGUGACGAGCAGUAUUUGGUCUUGGAAUAUUGUUCUGCAGGAAAUCUUGCUCAGCAUCUCCUAAGGAAAGACUGCGUCCUGCCAUGGGAAAGAAGAGUUAAAAUCCUAAGAGACUGUGCACUUGGGCUGAGGUAUCUUCACAAUUAUAUUGAUGGAUGCAUUGUUCAUAGAGAUAUCAAGCUCACAAACAUCCUCUUGACUGAAGAGCUGGAGCCCAAGCUCUCGGAUUUUGGGUUGGCAAAGAUGCUGGGAAUGGAGGAGAGCAAAGUAUUCACAGAUGUUAGAGGAACUAUAGGCUAUAUGGAUCCAGAGUACAUGAGCAACGCAAAGCUGACCUGUGCCAGUGAUAUCUACAGCUUUGGAAUUGUUGCCUUGCAACUUCUGUCUGGACAGAAAGUUAUUGAGCUGGAUCUUGAUGCCAGUGAACAACUGACACGAAAAGCAAAGGACGUGAGCAUGGGAAAACGUCCAUUAACAGAUUUCGAAGACCCAAGGCUACAUGGGAAUCUCAAUAGAACAGAUUUUGAAGCCAUCCUACAAAUUGCAGUUCUCUGUGUUGCCAAAUCAAGUAGAGGCAGGCCAACAAUUGAUGUUGUUUUUGAUGAGAUGGAGAAGGCUUGGAAAAACACAGUGGCUGACAUGGAAACAGGGAAGGAGAUUGGUCCAUCAGCAACACCCCAGUCCAGGUCCAUGGAAUUGAUUUCAAUUUAACGUAUAAACUUCAGGUCAAUGUUGGUUUUCAAGGGUAUCGGAUGCUUGUUUAUAUGUUGUUAUAUAAACGAGUAAAGGGUGGUGUUGAAUACAAAAUAAAGAUCCAAAUUAGGCAUGCUAAUUCAUCACAUACCUGUCGUGAUCGAGGAGAGCCCUGUGAUUGUUCUGCUUCACUCCUUGUGAUCAAGCGCACAUAGGGAUUAUCUGUCCAGAGAGGUAGUGAAGAUCCAAAAUCGCAUUCAGAAAGAAGAAAGAGUUCUUUUCCUUAGUACGUAGAACUAAGGAUUGUCAAUUUUUGGUGAAUAUCUCAAUGAUGGAGGGGAUUAUAUUGUUAGUUUACCUUUGUUUUCAAGCUAGUGUGGAUCUCAAAGAGGCAGAAGUUAUCACAUCCUCUGGAAUUAUAUCCUAUGUGGGCUUCUUGAAAUAUAUUGUAUAAAGGCAUUAAAUUCUGUAAUCCUUCUUCAAAAAUAUAUGUACUUGUUUAGAAGUG